AUGUUCCACGACCAGCAGGCCGAGUGGAUGGACGACAUGCUAUUGCCGCCGCCGCCACGUGGAGGUCAUAGCGCCGGCGCCGCCACGGCGGCAGGGGAUCCCGAUCGAGAGGAGUUCGACUGGUGGGUGAUGCUCUACCGGCAGCUGGGAGGCGCCCGUGGCGUCGUCGCCGCGCCGUUCCUGGAGGAGGUGUCCCUGCACGACGUGCGCCUCGACCCCGACGGCGACGACGCGGUGUACGGGCGCGCGCAGCGAACGAACCUCGAGUACCUGCUGCUGCUGGACCCUGACCGCCUCGUCUGGAGCUUCCGCUCCCAGGCGGGGCUGUCGGCGCCGGGAGAGCCCUACGGCGGCUGGGAGAGCCCCGGCCGCGAGCUCAGGGGCCACUUCGUCGGGCACUACCUGAGCGGGAUGGCCAAGAUGUGGGCGAGCACGCACAACGCCACGUUCGCUGGCAAGAUGGCGGCGGUGGCGGACGCGCUUCACGAGUGCCAGCGCGCCGCCGGAACGGGCUACCUCUCCGCCUUCCCCGCCGAGGUCUUCGACCGGUUCGAGGCCAUCGAGUUCGUCUGGGCGCCCUACUACACCAUCCACAAGAUCAUGCAGGGCCUCCUCGACCAGCACGUGGUGCCCGGCAACGGCAAGGCGCUGGGGAUGGUGGUCGCCAUGGCCGACUACUUCGCCGGACGGGUCAGGAACGUCAUCCAGAGGUACAGCAUCGAGCGCCACUGGACGUCGCUCAACGACGAGACCGGAGGGAUGAACGACGUGCUCUACCAGCUCUACACCAUCGCGCACGAUCAGAGGCAUCUGGUGCUGGCCCAUCUUUUCGACAAGCCAUGCUUCCUGGGGUUGCUUGCAGUUCAGGUCUGA